AUGGGCGAUAAUGUCGAUCCCUCUCAACAACCGGCUACUGCGGGUACUAGCCCAUCAUCUAAAAGACAAAAGCCGAAUCUUUUCUUGCACAACCUGCCCAAACCUCAAGCUCAGGUAUCCCAAAACAAACGCAAGGCUUCAAAUGAUUUCCCGCCUUGGUUAUUAGACACGCCAUCGUUGAGCACCUCCGGCGGAGUUGUAGGAAUGCCGGGAGGCCCUAUACAUCCUAAUGAGCCGUUUAUCGUACCACAAUCUACUGUUCCCAUGCCUACCGAUAUGAAUGUAUUUGAGGAGGAACCUCUUGGAGCUGGCUUCUUGUCAUCCUUCUAUGGUGGAUCUAGAGAAUAUGACUCACCCUCACCCCCUCCAGGGGAUGGCGGCAAUCCUGACGCCGAUGUUUGUGAUCAGUAUCUCAACUCUGACGCCUGUGACAGUGUUGAUGGAAAUAUGGCGGCACCCGAAUCCCGUAACAUGGAUGAUGGAUGUAUAUUUGCUACCACCAGACACGGUGAGCAAGUCCUGCCAGCAAUUAACACGUUGAGAUUUCUGACACGUCGCCAUCCAACGCCUCCAGCCCCCGGCGAGAGUGAGGAAAUUCUUUCGUCGGUCCCUCUUAGCUAUGAUAUACCGAAUAUAUCAUCGACGCCGGAAUUACAACACCUACUACAGACCGAGACAGAUAUUUUCACUGCAACAAGGGGUUAUGGCGCCACUUUACCUGCCAUCAACUCUAUGAGUAUGUCCGCGGGAACUUCGGCGGAGCCUCCAGCAGUAACCAUACCCGCUUAUUUUACCCCACCAAACCUGUCUAGAUCAAGGGGUAGAGCUCGUGUACGAGAGUCUGGUAGCCCAGUCACCCUUCGGGGGCUGCCGCCUAAGCCAGCUGUAGCUAGUUCUACGUCCCCAAUCAACUCGGAACCAAGCUAUCGAGGAGGUCUUCGACAGCGAAAACCUGCGCCCCCACUUGUACAUGUUUGGGAUCGUUCAGAGCCAUUAGCGAUGAUAUCGCUGUUGAACGAUCACUUUCUCAACAUAUGUAUUGAUCUAGCUUUGGACAGGAUUCACCUCCACCGGUUUCCGGACGAGGGACCCCUCAUCCAAUGCACUUCCGACACCAUCGAGAUAAACAGAGUAGUUAAGAUCAGUGAUUGCUAUCGGCAACCUGAUGGGACAGUAGGGAACAUGAAUUGGGGUGAUGUGAGCUCACCAAUCAUGGUGUGCAGGUCUUGCGGCGAAGAGUUGGAGAUGGGGACAAUAUGCAAGCUCACCAAAAAGCUACUCAACUAG